AUGAGGACGAGCCGGGCAGCGGCGGCCGUGGCGCCCGACGCCGAGGCGCUCACCGAAAUCAAGUGCUCGAUCACGGCCCUGCUGGAGAACCGGUGGGUGCCGGUGACGCAGCGCUUCUGCCAGGUGCUGACGCGGCCGGCGCACGAGACGGAGGUACUGGCCUUCCUGCGGCUUUGGGCCACCAUCAUCUCGGUCAAGAACAACCUGAGCAUCGUCGAGACCAAGUCGUUCUACGGCCGUCUGGAGGGCCUGCUCGGCUCGCUGGGCACGGACGCGUCGCCACACGUGUGGCGCGCCGUGCUGGACCUGUACGCCGAGGUGCUGUGCUACGGCAGCACCAUCGCGCUGCAGGACUGCGUGGCCGAGGAGCCGGCCAGCCUGAAGACGGUGCUGCUGCUGCUGAAGGCGCUGGCCGUGACGGUGAAGGAGACGCGCUGCGAGAGCAGCAGCGAGGCGUCGUCGGCGCGCUCGGCCGGCGGCUCUGGCUCCGAGGAGCAGGACAUGGCCAUCAUCGAGCGCACGCUGCGCGACGUGGUGCGCCGGCUCGACGCCUGGAUCAAGGCGCGCCUGCCCUUCCACCCGGAGACGCCAAUGAGCGAGUGGGCCGUGCUGCUGCUCUGCGACCAAGACGACUACCUGGUGGAGGCCAUGGUGUGCCUGCUGGACCUGUGCGGCGGGCUAGCCGACCGCGUGCGAGUGCAGCCUGACUUCGAGCGCGCCAUCGACGCGCAUCGCAGCUUCGUCCAGUUUCUGAGUACGGUGCGCAGGGACCACGACCUUCUGCUGGACUUCCUCAUCUCGAACGAGACGUGCUUCCUGCUCUACCUGCUGCGCUACCUCAAGUACGUGCGGAGACACUGGGACCGCUUCACGCUCGCGUGUGCCGGCAAGCUGGAGGAGGUGAUGACGGUGUUGAUUCGGCUGCGCAUGUCGCUGGAGCGGCUGGUGGCGCGCGACCUGUUCCCCUACAACGUGGCACCGAUCCUCAAGCUGCUCGAACGCUGCGAAGAGCUGUACGAGCACAACCCGCGAGCCGGCUAG